AUGUUGAAAAAGAUAAAUUUAACAAUUCAUUGUACACUGAAGGGAGCAGGGACUGUAGAAUCACACCAUCACCUUCUGCAUCCUUCGAGAAAGAUAUUGGCUUCGACAAUCACCAUUGCAAGCUGGGGAGGAGGAGCUUGCCUCAAACUAUGUACUGAUAAUCUUGCGCCUAAGAUACGUGCCACCUUCUACAGGACCUGUGUUUCUGAUCACGUGGCUGGUGCUCUGCUUGAAGCAACUGCAGUCACUGCGACAAGGAACACACUGCUGAGUCCUACAGGGGUGUCCACAGGCAGAGCAAUGCUUAAAGAGCGGCAGCUGUGCAUCACAAUGGCUGGCUCAAGCACUCUGCCAUCUAACGUGGCUGGCAUCAGCAAGGAGCUGGCCGACCUUCGACACCUGAUCCAGUUCCCUGAAGAGAUCGCCAGCAUUGUGACUGAACAGGAGCAGGAACUCUAUCGCAAAGUCUUACCGCUUGACUACCUCUGCUUUCUGACCAGGGAUUUGGUAAAUCCCAGUUGUCCCAGCAGACCAUCGCCCCUCAAGAUCACCACCUCGGCACCAGCCCUCGAUGGCAACAGCAAGGAGCACAAUGCAAUUGAAGACCUGGUGGCACGGUUUAAUGAGGUGAGCUCCUGGGUUACAUGGCUGAUCCUUACUGCUGGCUCCAUGGAAGAGAAGAGGGAAGUGUUCUCGUACUUGGUCCACGUGGCCAAGUGCUGCUGGAACAUGGGUAAUUACAACGCCGUGAUGGAAUUCUUGGCAGGCCUCAGGUCCAGGAAGGUUUUGAAGAUGUGGCAGUUCAUGGACCAGUCUGACAUUGAAACGAUGAGAAGUCUCAAAGAUGCGAUGGCACAACAUGAAUCAUCGUCUGAGUACCGGAGAGUGGUAAGCCGGGCUCUACAUAUCCCCGGCUGCAAAGUGGUCCCCUUUUGUGGGGUCUUUCUGAAGGAGUUGUGUGAUGCCCUGGACGGGGCAGCCACGUUGAUGAAAUUCCACUCGCGCUGCGAUUCUCAGGAGGACACCUUUGAGUUUAUUGCAGACUACAGUGGCCAGGAACACUUUUUGCAGCGAAUUGGAAAAGACGGACUGAAUAAUUCGGAGAAGGAGUCCACAGUGAAUAACAUUCUGCAGACCAUUCGAAGCUGUAAUCGAAGCCUGGAGUGCGAUGAAGGAGAGGAAAGUGGUGGCGAUGGCUGCACUUUAAGGAAGAACUCAUUCAGAGACAGAAGCAAAUAUCAGUUCAUUGUUGGCGAUGUGUCGGAUUCAGAGAGUGACUCCCUUGAACAGUCCAGCGAGUGGGACCUGGGCGGGGCGGAGGACCAGCAGAAGGCAUUUAGUCACGAAACGGAGCUCAUUCCAUGGUAUGUGUUGUCCAUCAGAGCCGACGUCCACCAGUUCCUCCUGCAAGGGUCCACCGUCAUACAUUAUGACCCGGAGGCUCACUUGUCAGCACGUUGCGUCCUCAAGCUGGAAGCUGACAACUGUACUUUGACUUGGUCAAAACCACCCACAGCCAGCUCGACCAACGGCAAGGUGAAAAACCUGGUACCCGGCAGUGCCACGGACCUUGGUAACACCAAGUUCCAACUGUACGGGCACAUCGCACUAAACGGACUAGUAGAAGGUUUCUUGGACUUGUCGGUGGUGAAAGCUGUCUACAUGGGACAUUCCGGAGUUGACCUCAACACUGUUUGCAUUCAGAACAAGCUGUCUCACAUGGCCCUGGAGGACAACUGCAUCACACUGCUGUAUGGGGUCCAUACAACGGACAACCGCCUGCUGCAUUUUGUGGCUCCAAAGUACACUGCCAAGAUGGUACACGACGGAUUGCAAGAAUUAGUGGCGGCUGUGAGGAAAAUGAAGCGCUUUCCCGACCAGAGGCUGCAGUGGCUGAGGAAGCAGUAUGUCAGCCUGUAUCAGGAGGAAGGCAAAUUUGAGGGGCCAACACUCGCUCAGGUUAUUGAACUCUUUGGGGGCAGGCGAUGGAUCACAAGAAACACGGCGACAGCAACAUUGAACAGAAACACCGAAAAAUCCAACCUGCAGCGCAACAACACCCUGGGGGUGAACACAGCCAAAAAGAUAAAGAAGUCGCUCACCAGGGGGGAUAGCGGCGAGGUCACUGAUGAGGAGACCAGCACACGCAAAGCUCGAAGCUGCAAAGAGUCUCGAAGCAGGAGUGGGUCUGACCCAGCAGACUUCGACGAACAGGAAGAAUCGGAUGCGAGCGUCACAAUGGCUUCUCCUGGUUCCUGUACAUUUCCAACCAGAGUCCGUUCUCUCACCACCCCGUCCUCCACCAUGUUAGGCCCUCCGGCAUCCACACCAGUGAGACCUGCCUCCUCUCCAGUUCUUUCCACUGUCAGCAAGACCAAAACCAGCACAAGAGCGAGUAACAGCUGGCAUGGUCGAGUCAAAGGUGGGCUGAAGGGAUUUCAGGACUUCAUGGUCUCUGAUAGCAACAUGAGUUUCGUUGAGUUUGUCGAACUCUUCAAAUCAUUCAGUGUACGAAGCCGGAAGGACCUGAAGGACCUGUUUGAUGUUUACUCUGUGUUGUGCAGUCGGUCUGGCUCAGAUUCUACCCCACUCUACACAAACCUGACGAUAGAUGACAACAUCACCGUUCUGCAGCCUGACCUAGAUCUUUUGACGAGAAACGUGUCGGAUCUCGGUCUGUUUAUCAAGAGUCGACAGCAAAUAUCAGAUAAUCAGAGACAGAUUUCGGACUACAUUGCCGCUACCAGCAUAGUGACCAAUCGAGUGGAAAUCGCUUCCCUGGGGGAGAGUGAAAUGGGAAUUCCGCAACUCAAUGACUUCCUGGUGAACUGUCAAGGGGAAAAUCACACCCAUGAUGAAGUUCUCAGCAUUAUACAGAAAUUUGAGCCAUCUGCUAACAUGCGCCAGCAGGGACUGAUGUCAUUUGAAGGAUUUGCAAGGUUUCUAAUGGACAAGGAUAAUGUUGCUUCAAAGAAUGAUGAAUCUCAAGUUAAUGAUGAGGAUUUGCAGUAUCCACUAUCAUACUAUUACAUCGAAUCCUCUCACAAUACCUACCUUACUGGGCAUCAGUUGAAGGGAGAAUCCUCCGUUGAACUUUACAGCCAGGUACUGCUGCAAGGAUGCCGGAGCGUUGAGCUGGAUUGUUGGGAUGGAGAUGAUGGCAUUCCGAUCAUAUAUCACGGGCACACCCUCACCACCAAGAUCCCAUUUAAGGAUGUCAUUGAAUCGGUCAACCGCAAUGCCUUUGUGAACUCUGAGAUGCCGGUGAUAUUGUCCAUUGAGAAUCAUUGCUCACUGCCUCAGCAGCGGAAGAUGGCAGAGAUAGUGAAGACUGUAUUUGGAGACAAGCUGGUGACAAAGUUUUUCUUUGAGAGCGAUUUUGCAGAUAAUCCUAUGCUCCCAUCUGUUUGGCAACUCAAAGGGAAAAUCCUCCUCAAAAACAAAAAGCUAAAAGCCCACCAGACGCCGGUGGAUAUACUGAAACAAAAGGCACAUCAGCUUGCAAACCUGCAAGCACAGUCUAGCAAUGGCAGUGCGAUUGCUCCCGGCACCUCCAACAAUGAUGAGGAAGAGGAUGAAGAUGAUGAGUACGACUAUGACUAUGAAUCUCUCUCUGAUGACAAUAUCCUCGAUGACCGACCUGAAACCAAGCCUGCAAGUGAUAAAUUCCACUUUGAGUACACAGAAGAAACUCCACGCAGAAUUAAGAAAAUAUCAUCGGACGCAAUGUUGCUCAGCAAAGGAAAGACAAAGCAAAAAAGAUUUAUUGUUUAUGACAUGGAACUGGGUGAAGAAUUCUACUUGCCCCAGAACAAGAAAGAAAGCAGACAAAUAGCACCUGAACUUUCCGACUUGAUCAUCUACUGUCAAGCUGUCAAGUUUACAGGCCUUUCCACUUUGAAUGCUGCAGGAUCAAACAGAGUCAAAGUGAAACCCAGCAGGAAGUCCAACAGAAUGAGCCCGGGGGAAUCGAUGACAUCAAUGAAGUCAUCUGGAAGAGCAGCCUCUUUUGAAGUGAUAAGAAAGAACUGUGAUGAACCACCUUCUCCUCCAUUCAAUCCAAGCACCUCUAUCAGCGCUAUCAUCAGAACACCCAAAUGCUAUCACAUAUCGUCAGUGAAUGAGAACACCGCCAAGCGACUCUGCCGACGGUAUUCGCAGGAGUUGAUCCAACACACAGUGUGUCAGUUGCUGCGGACCUACCCUGCUGCCACCCGGAUUGACUCCUCCAACCCAUCGCCACUCUUGUACUGGCUCCAUGGAAUACAGUUGGUGGCUCUCAAUUAUCAAACAGACGAUCUGCCAAUGCAUCUGAACGCAGCCAUGUUUGAGGCCAAUGGCGGAUGCGGUUAUGUGCUAAAAUCAUCCGUUUUGUGGGACAGAAACUGUCGCAUGAACAAUCAGUUUUCUCCUCUUGAACGGAUAGAGAACAUGAGCCCAUCCUUACAUUCCAUAACAAUUAUUUCUGGGCAGUACGUCUGUCCCAGCAACACGUCAGGGAAUCCAUGUGUUGAGAUUGAUGUGCUGGGCAUGCCACAGGACUCCAGCCACUUCCGCACAAAACCCAUCCAUCGCAACACUCUCAACCCCAUGUGGAACGAGCAAUUCUUCUACCACGUUUACUUUGAAGACCUUGUUUUCAUUCGCUUCGCAGUGGUGGAAAACAACAGCUCCACCAUAACAGCACAAAGAGUGGUCCAAUUGAAAGCACUUAAAGCAGGAUACAGACAUCUACAACUAAGGAACUCUCACAAUGAACCUCUGGAGAUAUCCAGCCUCUUCAUUUACAGUCGUCGAAUGGAAGAAAACAACCCUGGAAAUUUACAGCUGGCAUCAGCGCUGUUUAAUACAGAAGAGCAAAGAUCUGCUAUGGUAUUCCGUGUUACAGUUUAUGGAGUUCCGGGUCGUGAACCAUUCAGCAUUUACACUGUCCAGGAGAAGACCACGGCCAGGCAGUUAAUAUCCAAAAUUGUAGGCACAGCAGGUGGAUCAGAGACCAGCAUCGCUGACUACUUCCUUAUGGAAGAGAAAACCUCCCUUUCUAAAGAGAAGAAUGAACAGAAGAAACAGCCAUUCCAGAGAAUCAUAAGUCCAGAGGAGGAAAUACUAAAAAUUCCACAAUGUUGGCUACCGGAGGAAGGAUUUAUGGGAAAAAUUAUUUUUAAAACCAAAGAAGAGGAGCUAAUUCAAAGGAACUCCAUGAAUGAAAAGCCUGAAGACGUGGGUUUCAGCAGCAGCCCAACAGAGGAUGACAGCUUCUUGGUCCAGGUGCAUGAUGUCUCGCCAGAACAGCCUCGUACAGUCAUCAGGGCUUCAAAGUUCAGUACCACCCAAGACAUUAUUCUGCAGGCAUUGAGUAAAGCCAAAUAUUCCUACAGCAUCCUGAACAACCCAAACCCCAGUGAUUAUGUGCUUGUCGAGGAAGUCGCAAGAGAGCCAUUGAACAAGAAGUCUUCCAUGACGAAACCAACUCUUCGGAUUCUUUCUGAGAACGAGUAUGUGUUUGUGGCCCAGAACAGGUGGAAAGGAGCAGGAAAAUUCAUCCUGAAGCUGAAAGAGCAAGUGCAGGCUGUACAGGAAAAGAAGAAAGGUCUUUCUUUUACCAACGAAUUGAAGAGAUUAGCGAAAUCAAGCAAAACGAACCGCAGUUUCUCGAUGCCACUGCAGCCGACCCCCCCAGAGAGCAGCCAGAGUAAGGAUGAAAAAGCUGCAUGCAGCAUGUCCUUUGCAGAGAUCACCGAGUAAAGCCUGCUGCAUGAAGGCACGCAGCAGCAGCAUGUGAUGGCCCAGGCUCGUUUCAAGUUGACUUUAUUUAAUACAACGAUGUCAUGAUGAAGCACAGAAAUCUUUAGCCAGUGCUGGAGAAGACCAAAAACAAUACCAUGUCUGUCCCUCCCCCUGGAUCCUGGUUUAUAGCCCUUCUGAAAAAACUGGAAAUGAUGACACACAUAACUUUUUAAAGGUAACGAAAUCCACUCUUUGGAAUGAAACACAUCACCCGGUAAUGUUCGUACACACACACACACACACAGAAGAAUGAGCCAGCAACAGGUUCCAAACAAGCAGGCUUGUUUAAGUGUAUAUUGUUCUAGUAAGAACGUGUGUGUGAACAGAUAGCCACGACUACUGUUGGGGAUUAUUCAGACACACUUGUCAUGAUGACUUCAUUUAUACUCGGUAUGAAGAUAUGCAGGUGCCCAACUUUGAGAUUUUUUUUUUAAACGUGAGUGUAACAGUUUAUGCACUUUUAAAAACCACUUAUUUUAUUAGUUAUUUGAAGUAUUUGCAGGUUUUAAUGGUUCCUAUAUUUAAUAAGAACCUGGAUCAUGCUGACGCCAGCAUUUUAGUACAUUGCGCUGAAAUGUCCCAAAUUGUUUGUUUUAGUUGAUGUUUACAAAGUAUUCACGUUUUGAUUUAGAGAAUAAUUCCUUGUAGAAUAUGUUGGAUUCAUACAUAAAAUGUGAUAAAAAGCAGUGUUCACAGAGAUGUUGAUGAAUAUUUUUACUGGAGUAAAAAAUCAUGUAAAUUUCUAGCUAUACAAAAAUGUGCUAUGAUUGUAUUAAUAUAAUUACUAGGUGGAAUUAUUUAUUUAAGCAGAGAUUUAACACUGUUUGCAGUUAAAUUUACUACAUUCGCCUGUUAAGUUUCAGGUGAUAUAACACAACUUGUAUUUUUUUUAAUUUUCAAUUGCUUCACUUUCCUCACGCACAUCUGAUAAUAUAUGCAUUUUAAUUUUCCUUGUAUUAAAAUUGAAACCAAACAGUAAA